AUGCCGGAAAAUUCCGUUAACAAUGAGGUUCCCGAUUUGUGUUAUUGUUCCGAAUUUUGUCCAUUAAGAACUUCAAGGACUCCAUCAAAUCCUGGUCGUAGAUUUUUUGGAUGUAAAGUUUCAAAGGUAGAAUCGAGCUUAAUGAUAAAGUGUAAAGAUGGUGAAAAUCCGUGUGAUCGAUUAAAGCAAAAGCUCAAAAACGUUGAACAAGAGAGGGACACUUUGUGUGAGAAAUUGAAAGAUAGUGAAGAGAAGUUGAUUGCAUUGAAGCAAAAACUCAAAAAAGUUAAACUUGAAAGAGAAUGUGCUAAGCUCAAAUUGAAUAGACUUGUUCUAUUUCUUCUUAUUGUUCUUACUGUAAAGUGGUUCUUUAAUAUGGUGUAA